AGAGUUCUUGUGGCAGAGUACUUCCAUCAUGGCAGGCUGUAAGUUGGUAUUAGAAGGUAGAGUUAGUAUAAAUGCAUUUAUUUUGGGACUCAGCGUGCUUAUAAUCCCUCUUAUCAGAACAUUUUUUGGACAACUUGACUGGGUCUUUGAUUAUCUGACGGAAACUCCCGGGAAAGUCGCGAUUUGUAUCCAUAUUGCAGUUAUCAACGGCUUCUUGCUAAUCAUUUACAGAGGACCUCUUUAUAAGGUAAAGACUUCCUGGUUUCUGUCUCAUCUUCUCUUAUUUUCGCUAAAGCGCCUAUGUUAAGUUUUAAAACACUCUAGCUGAAAAGUAAUGUUACUACUAUGGGCAUAUAGUAGUGCAGUCUGGUUUAUUGAUGAUGUUGGUGAACAGAAUCUCCCUGCUAGCUAAUCCUAGCCCCCCCUGACAGGUCUUGUGUUAGCUGAUCAGAUUAGCUAAAGAGGACUGGGACAGGUGGUGUUGAUGUGCCAAGAUAGAAACCUAAUCCAGGUAAAGCUGCUCUGUCUCGGAGGCUGCCUCUCUCUCUUAUUUUCUUAAAUAUCUUCAUAAGAAGCCCUGGCAGCUUCUUCAUGUGAAGUGGAGUUGAUGUAGUCCAGGACCUAGACAAGAAAUCUGAAUAUCUGGAGUUUUUUCGGUUUUUGUCUCAUAAAUUAUGUCUCAACAGCAGGAAAUAAGGCGUUUUAUAAACAUACAGACUCCUACUACAAAUUAACUCAUUAAAAAAGUUAUGUGUAUUUGUUUUCAACGGUUAGAAGUUACAUCUAAAGUACCUUUCCCUAAUCUUUUGUAAUGUUUUGCUGAGUUAGUUGUCAGUGCCCCUACUAACUGGGUUUUGCUACAGAUAAGCAGUUUAAUCUAAAGACUCUCUAUCUUGGCUCUUCUUUCUAUAUUUGAUGUAAUUUACAGGCAGCCCUGACAGCUUUUCUAUUAAACUCCAUUCGUAAAUCUGCAGGAUUCAGUUUUUUACUUGAGGGUUCAUAUUUUGGUUAUGUGUUGAGUUUGGCCUGGAUAAUUGGCAGAGGCGAUAAGUCCACCCCUACUUCACGGUAGCACCUGCUACUGAUAUAUGACCAACUGAGACCAACCCUCCUGCUAGAUAGACAGUACAGGCCAAAAGUUUGGACACACCUUCUCACUCAAUGUCUUUUCUUUAUUUUUUUAUAUGACUAUUUACAUUGUAGAUUAUCACUGAAGGCAUCAAAACUAUCAAUGAACACAUGUAGAAUUUUGUACUUAUAAAAAAAGUGUGAAAUAACUGAAAACGUGUUUUAUAUUCUAGUUACUUUAAAAUAGCCAGCCUUUGCUCUUGAUGACAGAAGUACUGUCAGUCGCAAAGUAACCCUGACAAGGCACACCUGUGAAGUACAAACCAUUUCAGGUGACUACCUCAUGAAGCUCAUUGAGAGAACAGCAAAAGUUUGCAGCGCUAUCAAAAAAGCAAAGGGUGGCUACUUUGAGGAAUCUAAAAUUUAAUACAUGUAUUCAGUUUUUUUAAUCUUUUUUCUUAAGCACAUGAUUCCACAUGUGUUCAUUCAUAGUUUAGAUGCCCUCAAUGAGAAUCAACAAAUUUAAUAGUAAUGAGAAUAAAGAAAAUGCAUUGAAUGAGAAGGUGUGUCCAAACUUUUGGCCUGUACUGUACAUCUUCCUUAACUCCAGCUUUGUGGAAAGCUUCUCUGGUAACUGUGGUGUCAUACUGAAGACUUGGCUAACCUGUAAAGUCCCAAAUCUGUGCCUCAUCUCAUGUUAAACGAGAGUUUAGUAAGCAGCUUUGUCAGGUGCUUUUAUUUUGGUGAAAGAAUGUUGAACAGAAUCCCAUUCAGAAACUUUAGAUUCUGUUACAAUAACAUAGACUGAAAUGUAGCAUUUGAGCUCACUUUCGAGGGUUAGCUCUGAAGAAACUGUUUCUCUGUAAGUUGGAUUAAUCUGAGUGUCCUACCUUUUUCCAGGUUGCAGUGAGAGCCUGUUUUCUUGGAGUAACUUUUGGCCUUGGCUUGGUUAUAAGCUUCUCUGACACCACAUGGACACACUUUGGCUGGUAUGUAGGUUUGUUGCUCCAUGUUUUUAACAGUUCAGAGUGUAUUUGCAGCUGAACAAGUUGAAGUGAAGGUGUCUAUCCUGCAGGUACAUGUGCUCCCUGUCGUUCUUCCAUUACUCUGAGUACCUGGUGACGGCCAUCAUCAACCCUCGCAGCCUGUCCCUGGACUCGUUCCUGCUCAACCACAGUGUGGAGUACACGCUUGCCGCUAUUUCGUCAUGGUUGGAGUUCACUGUGGAGAAGCUCACAGUUCCAGGUCAGUCACACCAUCACUGUCCUUAAUCUUCUUUUAAGUCAUGUGAAGGUUUUCCAGAAUCUUUUUUUUUUUUUUUUCGGCACGGCUGAACUUAGUUUGGUGAAAGUCGAGCUGAAUUUAAAACUCAGCUCUUCAGAAUGACUUUUGGGGGCUUUAAAGAUGUUGAGGAGCUCUCAGACAGAAGCACAGGUCCAUCACAGCUCCUAUGAGACCUCUUCUCUUUAUAUCGCAUGAUGAGAUGUGAGGAAUAUCUGUGUCCACCAGCCUUGAUCACCCCGUCCGCUCUCUCUCUCUCAGAGCUGAAGCAGCUGAGCUGGCUGAGCGUCGUAGGUCUGCUGAUGGUGUUGUGCGGUGAAGGUCUGAGAAAGGCAGCCAUGCUGACAGCGGGCUCCAACUUCAACCACAUUGUCCAGAACGAGAAGGCCCAGAGCCAUGUGCUGGUCACCAGCGGGGUCUACUCCUACUUCCGACAUCCGUCCUAUGUGGGCUGGUUUUACUGGAGCACAGGGACACAGGUAAGACACGGGAGCCUGCACUUUUAAAUCUGUGUUUAUUUUAAAGCACCAGAGUUUCUCUGUGCUCGGAAACAAAUGCUGUUCUUGUAUCCCAGACUGAGCAGUCAAAAUAAAAACCCAUCUGAGCAGGUAUUACACAGCACCGAUAAGAAAACACAGGGUCACCACAAGUCCUUCAAAGGGAUUUAGCAUUGUAGCAACUGUUGAAGAGUUUAGGUUAAAAAAUAUCUUGUUAAUAAAGUCCAAAGUUUCUGUUUCUGUUACCUCAGUGAUUUGUUUUUAGGUGCAGGUUUUGGUUUGCUUGAGCAGCUUGAAGGGUCCAAAGAGCCUCUUUGAGUGUCUUUAUGGGAGUAGAUAAACAAAAAGUGAUCACAUCAGCAUCAAGAACUUUGUCGUGUUAACUAUCUUUACAUUUUUGUCAAAUCUAGAAAUAAUAUAACUGAACGUUUGCUCCGUGUUUUUGUUCUGUUUACUGAUGGACCCACUGGCUGUUGCAGGUCAUGCUGUGUAACCCGGUGUGUAUAGUCGGCUACACGAUAGCCAGCUGGAGGUUCUUCCGGGAGCGGAUCGAAGAGGAGGAGCUCUCCCUCAUCCACUUCUUUGCUGAGGACUAUGUGGAGUACAAGAAGAAGGUUCCCACCGGCCUGCCCUUCAUCUCAGGCAUCCGUGUCAACUAGUCCUGAGCCGGAUUCUGGACAGAACAGACUUAAAACACUGAAGCAGGUCAGACCUGAUUGGUGUGUGUAGCGUCUGUCGUGAUGGCCGGCUGCCCUCAGGAAGAGAACCAAGCAGCCGACUGAGAGCCUGCAGCUCACAGACAGAGACAGUGACGGCUGGUAUGGCGGCACGCAGCUGGGCUGCUGUUUUUCUACCAACUUCCAAAACACACUUAAAGACCAGAAAACCUCCACUGUACUCCACUUAUCCAAUAAUCUCACUUCAUGUGUUUCUGUUGUUUCUGUUUGCAUGCUGUGACCAUGCUGAGUGUUUCCACUGAUCACCUGUCACCAGAACUGAUGCUGCACACGACCCACGAGCAUCAGUUUAAAGUUUGAAAAUAACCUUUUUUAGAUUUUGGUUUCAAAGGAAAUCCAAAGUUGCCACAGAGUUUCACCUUUUUCACUAAAUUUAAAACCUACCAAAUGUUUAAAAGAGCAUUUCACUGCAAACAAAAAUGUCCUUUUGAAUAUUAGAAAGUCAUCUCCUGUAGUUAAGAUCUACAUCUCACAAGAACCACUUAGACUCAGGCAGACUGAGUCCAGACAAAACUGUACUGACUGAAAAACAAACAGAACAAGAGGAUGGCGUCAUUCUCAGCUUCUCACCCAUGUUACUCCUUGUUUUUGGCAGCUUUGUAACACAGGACUCUGAAUUCAAAUGCAGCAAAAAGGGCAAAUAUUUCCAAAGCUAAAGACAGCAGUGACAUCUACCAGUGUUACUUAUGUGACAAAAUAAUCCAGUUAAGAUAUCAAGAUGUUUACUGACUUAAUGACUAUUAUAGUUAAGAACUUUUUCACACAGAAACAGCUCCCCUGAAAUAAUAAUCCACUAAAACCACAUUUAAUUGAUUUGAAGUCAUGUGCUUCUCAGAUGGUCCGAGGGUCCAUGUUGGAAGAUGUUCUCCAAAUUCAGCCUGUCCAUGUGUUUUCAAUUUGGAAAAGGUUUAACAUUAACCAGAGUUUUUAGUCAAAGCUGAAUGGUAAUAAAUUCUAAAAUAGAGCCUAAACUAACAUACCUGAUCUGUUAAUGAGGUUUAAAUACCGUACUGAUGUUUAUCAAUAAUGAGUUAAGGUCACUCUGUGGAAAGAAACUAAUGUUCAUACAUUUUUACAGAUUUUAUGUGCAGUCCAUGAAUUAGUAAGUAAAUCAUCUCCUUCUACCUUGUUAGGGUAGGGUUAGGACGUGAAGUCACAAAGUUGGACGGCCAUUUUUUACCGAGUUUCUAAUGUGUUAUUUUGACUUGAGCAGACGUUCAUGACAUUUUCCAGCUCAGAAACAUGUGCAGUCUGUUUGAUUCCACAUUAAGACAAGUUUUGACUGAAAUGGGGACAAGAGGAGACACUUUUUAGAUUUGAUCGAUGGAACUUUAAUUUGAAGCAGAAAUUCAUCUGACAUCGUGGCAACUCCAUUUGCUUCAAAAUAAUUAGUGACGCACGCACUGUACGUAUAAUUUGAACACCAAAUUCAGGACUGAAGACCUGUCAGCGCAUAUUUGAUCUGAAUUAGAGCUCUGGGUUUCAGUAUUUAAAUCUGAUUGUACACAUACAGUGUCUGUCAGGUUUCAUCAGACAGAAGUGAAGCUGUAUCUUUUCAGGUGACUGAAUGUGUUUGGACUCUAGAAACUCGCAGCACUGACUAAGAGUCUUAAUCACAGCAUCGUUCUUUCGAGUUGAUUUUCUAGAGUUUUGUUCAUAGAUUAUAUUUGAGGAGGCUUUACCGUCUGAGCAGUAUCCAAGGGUAUCAAAGGGAGGACCCCCUGUGUUGUAGCCUCUUUCUGUGUUUUUGUUGCUGUUUUAUUUGUAAACCAUCAGCUGUUUUUGUUGUUUUGUGAACAGGCCCAUCAUUUCUCUCAGCAUCUUUUUAUCUUUGUGUGUUUUCUGUCGAUCUGUCCGGCCCACUUUGUGUCAGAUACCAGCCUAAUGACAGAGCUGUGUACUGAUGAAGUGGUCGAGUGAGGCUGACUCUGCCUCUCUCUCUCUUUCUCUCAGAUAUCUGAGUGGCUUACAGUGCUGCUAUUCAGCUUCCAAACACAGAUUGUAUUGUGGUCAAGUGAGACGGCCUGUAAAGAGUUCAGAAAUAAUAAAGUACUCUUAAGAGUGAAUGGUCUGGUGGUGCUGUAGAGCCAUGCUUGGAUCACUUUGUGGGUUUUAGCCACAGACUGUGUGGAAGUCAGGACGCAGCCACCAUGACACCAACCUCUGGUUAGAGAGCAGUGAUUUUAAAGCCCUCUCUUUAGCAGCUUAGCCUCUGCCUUGUUGGUUUUUGGAGCCAGAGUCAAAAAUAAUUUGGAUGUGAGGUUGAAGCUAAGGAAAGUGUAUCUAUAACCCCCUAUUAAUGAUCAAUGUGAAGAGUGAAUUUAACUACCUAAAACACAUUUUAACAAAAGGUACUUAUUUUACAAAGUCAGAGCUGAUUUCCAAGAGUGUCUUUUUGGAGAACCCCUGAGCAGACAUGUAUGUAUACAUUUUCUUUAGGCUAUUUCCCAUUAAAACAAGUGAUUUCAGGUUGUUCUCCUAUGAUAGUGAUCUGUUUUCUUUCCUUUUUCUGAUUGUUUUUUUGAGUAUCCUUGGAAAUCAGGAGACUGGGGCAUAUAUAAACCUUUUCCUGGUUUCUGAUGGCUGCUUGCUACCUGCACAGCUUCUGCCAAGUUACUCAUCAGGAAGCAAUUAAUACAGCAACUGUAGCAUUACACAGUCAGUUAAAGGGUUAAGGAUGCCCUAUUUACCGGAGAAUUUUCUCAACCCGGUCUAGCCCUAUCCCACCAAUCACAUCCGUGUAUCUUCACCAGGGGUAAUGAUCACCUUACAUCAUGUUGAGAUCUCAUAAAAACAAGCUAAAUCAACCAUUUAUUACAGGAAAACAUAGAAAAUAAAAGGAACUUAUUUAUGUCUGCUUAGGGCUUUCUCUGCUUUGAGUUCAUCAUUUUAAACAUAAAACAUGUUUUUAGGCAAUUCUCUAAAAUAAAACCUGCUUCAUCCUCAAAUUUACUCUGAUUGGAUCUGAAACUUACUAAAAGAACAUCAGGCUCUUUUGAAAAAUACUGCAGAUAUGUACUUAAACAAACUUCAGGGAAAAUGUUUGGGAAAUAUCAGGUGAGAAACUGGCUCCUUUUCUCAUGGUUCUAUUUUCAGCAUGUGGUGUCGCCCUCUGCUGGCCAGUAGACAGAUCAGGUUUAAGGCACUCCUGCACUUUCAGGAGGUUAUGGCUACCACCAUUCAUUCACACAGUUUGUGAUUGAAACAGUUUAAACUUUAUGUGGUAACAAAUUCUCUGAAUUCAGCACGUUUGGGGGAAAAAAGUGGUCACGUUAGAUUGUCCCAUUGGCUAAAAAAAAAAAAACAUGAAAUGAAACUUUUAUUUUCCAUCUGUAAUGUCUCAUAUUUGAGGAAAAUUGGAGCUCCGUUUGGUACCGUGAAAAAGGGAAAUUUAUAAGUUGUGCAGAGUUUACAUUUUUUUGUUCCAUGAAAUGAUUCAAACUUUCAUACUGAUUUAUUUGUGUAUAAAUUGACACUUUUCAGAUACAAUAUCCAACCAGUUUAAUUUUGAAUGGAACCAAUGGCACAGUCUACCAGACCCUGUGUUUCUGAGAUGAGUUACAGACUGAAUGUGUGUUUCAAGUUGCAGAGUUAGUGCUGUGUAAAGUGACACUCAUGUAGCAUAUCUGUGAAGUGCACUGUUAAAGGUUAAAGGUUAGAUGAUGAAAACACUGUCUGUUUGCAGGGUUUCACAGGAGCGAUCUGCAGCAUGGUACACCUGAGUUGUGUUUUGGAUUUGUUGCACUUUUACUGUAUAGAAAACAUUUAUCAUAGGUGUGUAUUACACAGUCGGAAGGUGAGAACUGUCAGCUGCAUUUAUUCACAAGGACACAGUAUCUCAACACCACUUGUAUGAAAUAAAAUCAAAGCAGUUAUUACA